UAAUCAGCCAAAUCAUAAAAUCGAACGGUCCAAAGAGAAGUCCGUAAAGAAAUCACUAUCUUGUGCUUCUUGCUUCUUGCCGCCGGUGCCGAGCUCUUCUGCUGCUCUAUUUAGGCCGAGGACCUCCAUCUCCUCUCCUGUAAUCAUCCCCUACCAAAAAAAAUAAAAAAUAAAACCCUAGAUCUAGAAAUGGCGAAGGAUCGGAACGGAUCGAUACCAGAAGAAGAGGAGAAGGAGGACGACGGCCGAGGCGACGAGCCGUCCUCGAGAAGAGAUCGAGAUCGCCACAAGAAAUCCAAGAGGAAGAAGGACAAGAGCAGCAGCGACGAUGAUUCCAGCGAUUCCGGCGACGAUAAGGUCCGAGCAAAGAAGAAGAGGAGGAGCCGGAGCUCGAGGAGAGGCUCCCGUCGGAGGGGUCGUGGCUCGGAGAGUGGUUCCGGAGACGAUGAUUCCUCUUCUUCUGAUUCGUAUUCGGAUUACUCGGAGAGCGAGGAUUCUGGGGGAGAGUCGGAGUCGGAGAGCUCUUAUUCGGACUCAGAGGAGAGCGAGGGGGAGGCGAGGCGGCGAAGGAGGAAGGAGAGGAGGAGAAGGGAGAGGGAGAGGGAGAAGAGGUGGAGGAAAGAGAGGGAGAGGGAAAAGAAGAGGAAGAGGGAGAAGGAGGAGAGGAGGAGGAGGAAGAAAGAUAAGAAGAAGAAGAAGAAAGAGAAAGAAGGGGCCAUGAGGGGGGCGGUCACCAAUUCGUGGGGGAAGUAUGGUAUCAUCAAGGAAAUCGAUAUGUGGAAUAAACGGCCAGAAUUUACUGCAUGGUUAGCAGAAGUGAAGCAGGUGAAUUUGGAAACAUUAUCGAACUGGGAAGAGAAGAAAAUGUUCAAAGAAUUUAUGGAGGAUUAUAAUACUGCUACAUUUCCAUCCAAAAAAUACUAUGAUUUAGAUGCCCAUCAUCGACGUACGAUGGAAAAAGAAAAGAAAAAAGGUUUAAAGAAAGUCCAAGAAACGGAGCGUACAAUUUUUGAUGAUGAAGAACAACGUCGACAAGAAUUGCUGAGAGAGCGUGAAAGACAGAAGGAGGAACAGGUGGAGGCUUUAAAGUGCUCAAUGCAAAGCGGAAUGGCUCAAGCAAUGAAGGAGCAGGCUCGUUUGAGGGAAGAAAUGAUGUAUCAGUACAGGCUGGGAAACUUUGAGGCUGCGGCUGCAAUCCAAAGAAGAUUAGAUCCAGAUGCUGCUGCAUAAGAUGUUAGAUCUACAAUGGACUUGGACCUAUCUUGCUUAAUUCAUGUUGAAUGCUGUUUUGUAAUCAGGGUUAACAAUUAACUUAUGCUAAUAUAGGAUAAUCCUUCAUAUUCAGUUUUAAGUAAAUUUGUUGCUGUUUUGUAAUUAGGGUUAGCAGUUAACUUAUGCUAAAUAUAGGAUAAUCCUUCAUAUUCGGUUUUAGAAAAUUUGUUACUUUUUUUU